CCAACAGGGAAAUAAAGCAGAACCAGCCAUAGAUUUAAACAUUUACUUAUGUUAAUCCAGUCGAGACCUUUUUUGUGAGUUUAAAGAAAUGUAUAGUCUACUUGCAGAGGCCUACUUGUCAAGAGUUGUGUUACUUAUGUAAAAUAACUUGUGUUAUUUUAGAGCUCCUUUAGUGGAGCUAUUGAUGUGUGUGAUGUUUUGUGUUUUCAGAUAACCAGCAGUUAUGAAUUUGCACCGUCAACUUAAGUUAUUCCUCAGUGUACUUGCUUUUACAGCGCUGGUUAUUUAUGGUAUACAGAAUGGAAUACUGAACAUUGCAGAUGUCACAAGCUGUUUUUUUUCAGCUUGGUGAGGCAGAUCUACCCCAGCCGUUGGAUAAAGAGGAAAGAAACAGGUCUCAGACAAAUUCAUAGAAGGACUUCUUCUUGAGAGGGGCUUUGGCUUUCCCGAACAGAAUGGGUCAUGUUGAUUUACAAGAAUGAAAAAGAAAAUCAUCAUUUGUUUGAUCCCGAUCGCUUGCUUUAUUUAUUUUCUUCCAGAGAUCAACCAACAAGCACGUGGUGGAAGCCUUCGUGUCAUUCCCAAACCAAGCAUGACAUUACAUCUGAGCCCAAAUUCUUCAUCGUGUGACUGUGAAGAUGAGUCAGUUCUUUAUCAAAACGUACCAACAGAUCAACUAGAUGACAUCAUUAAACGCAGAAAAAAGGAGUACAAGGGUUAUCAGCUCAGAAUGAAGACAAAUGUCAGCAUUCUUCUGGCACCAGCCAACUCUCCUCUCCAGUAUCCUAUCAGUGGUUUCAUUGUAACUCCUCAACAGAAAAGUGUGAUACCAGGUCUUGCUCUUCAUACACAAAAGAGAAAAUUGUACAAGGUUACACUGAGAGUGGAUAGUGGGGUGCUCGCAGUAAAAGAUGCUCCAGAUGAGAAAGAGGUGAAUGGACAAGAUGAGAGUGAAUUGACUAUUACAUCCACCAACCUCACACAACUCAAUAAUCUGUUGAGCAGAGUCACCUACACCAGCACCAUUUACCACAUCAGAACAUCCGAUCUGGUUCAUUUUAGUUUUGAAGACAACAAGGCCACGUUUCCUGUCCUAAUUAGACGUCCUUCAGUUCCUGUGCUCUACAAUUCAGUAAAUGAUAUAAACUCUCUGGUUACCAUCACAACCAAGACAUUUCUAAGAUAUAAGCAGUUACACGUCCUCCUCAAGAGUAUUCGCAGAGUUUACCCCAAAAUUAAGAUAAUCAUUGCAGACGACAGCCUGAAGCCGGAAAGUGUAUCUGGUGACAACAUAGAGCAAUACAUCAUGCCACCUGCACAGGGCUGGUUUGCGGGAAGAAAUCUGGCUGUAUCACAAGUAACAACCAAAUAUUUUCUUUGGGUAGACGAUGAUUUUGAAUUCCUAAACGAGACCCGCAUUGAGAGCUUUGUUGAGAUUAUGGAAGCAGUUCCAGAACUGGAUGUGCUUGGUGGAGUGGUCUCAGGUGAGCAGUUUUAUUACACUCUUGAAUAUGUCGAGGGGGAUGAAGGUGGCUGUUUGAAGCGUAUUCAAGGAGGAUAUCAUAGUCCCCUGCCAGGACAUGAUGGCUGUUUUUUUGUUGAUGUGGUGGUAAACUAUUUUUUGGCUCGGACUGAUGCAGUGAGGAGAGUUGGCUUUGACCCCUUCCUAAAUAGAGUCGCACACACUGAGUUCUUUAUUGAUGGUCUUGGGCAGUUGUUGGUGGUGUCCUGCAAAGAUCUCUCUAUUGGACACCAGACACAUGAGGAACAAAAGGAAUAUGACCCUUAUAGGAAUCAGAGGAAAGAUGAAGAACAAAGAAAACUGGCCCAUCAUUUCUUUAAGAAUUAUCUAAAGUGUAUUAAAUACUGAAAGACAUUGUCUCUUUAUUUGUUUCAUUUUCAUUCAUGAUCUGUUUUUUCACAUUUAAAGUGCUCAAAGUGCUGCCAUUCUCAUAUGUACUUUUAUUCAAUUCAAUUUUAUUUAUAUAGUGCUUUUCACAGUUUUCAUUGUUGCAAAGCAGCUUCACACUCAUAAUAAUAAAAAUGAAAUAAAAAUAAUACUACGGGAUAAUUAAAGGGAAUAUACAGUAUUAAAGGGCUAGUUCACUCAGAAAUGAAAAUUCUGUCAUUUACUCACCCUCGGGUUGUUUCAAACCUAUUUAAUUUCUUUGUUCUGUUAAAUGCAAAGAAAGAUAUUCACAAGAAUGUUAGCCAUUUUCAGUUCUGUGACAUCGUCCACUACCAUAGUAGGAAAACAAAUAUUGUAUCUAUUUUUGUUCUGUUGAACGCAAAGUGAGAUAUUUUAAAGAAUUUAGGAAAACAAACAGUCUUAGGGCACCUUUGACUAUAUCAUUUAAUUUUUCCUACUAUGGCAAUCAAUGAUGUCACAGAAUUUUUUAUCUUUCGAAUAUCUUUCGAAUCAAAUAUCUUUCGCUGUGUUCAUCAGAACAAAGUAAUUUAUACAGGUAUGAAAUGACAUAAGGCAGAGUGAAUGAUGACAGAAUUUUCAUUUUUGGGUGAACUAUCACUUUAAGAUAUCUUCCUCUAUGCAAUGUACACUGAUGUCAGUAGAUUGUCAGAUUUUCAACUAUAAAUUAUUCAAUCAAAGUAUAUUUAAUUUAGAUGUACUGUAUACAGUGAGGGAAAUAAGUAUUUGAUCCCCUGCUGAUUUUGUAAGUUUGCCUACUUACAAACAAAUGAAGGGUCUAUAAUUUUUAUGGUGGGUUUAUUUUAACUGAUAGACACAGAAUAUUAAAAAAAAUCAUGGGAAAAAAAUGUUAUAUAAAGGUUAUAAAUUGAUUUGCAUUUCAGUCAGUGAAAUAAGUAUUUGAUCCCCAAGCAAAACAUAACUUUGUACUUUGUGGAGAAACCCUUGUUGGCAAGCACAGAGGUCAGACAUUUCUGAUAGUUGGUCACCAGGUUUGCACAUGUGUCCGGAUACAUUUAGUCCACUCCUCUGUCAAUCUUUAAGGUUUCUUGGCUGUCGCUCAGCAAAUUGGAGUUUUAGCCUCCUUCACAGAGGUUCUAUAGGACUAGCGUCUAGAGACUGGCUAGGACAUUUAAUGUGCUUCUCCUUAAGCCACUAUUUGGUUGUCUUGGCAAUAUGUUUUGCGUCUUUGUCAUGUUAAAGGCUCAUCCAUGACCCAUCUUCAGUGACCUAGUUUAGGGGAGGAGGUUCUCGUCCAAGAUUUUACGGUACAUGGGCCCGUCCCUCAGUCCCUCAAUGCGGUGAAGUCAUCCUGUAUACCUGUAGCAGAGAAAAAGCCCUAAAGCAGAAUGUUUCCAACACUGUGCUUCUCUGUAGACAUGAUGUUCUUGGGCUCAUAGUCAGCAUUUCUCUCCCUCCAAACACAGGAGUCCAUUUUGGUCUCACAGCAGUGCCAGCACUUUCGCCAAAGCCUUUUCUGAAUCAUUUUGAUGUUCAUUGUCAAACUUAAGACGAGCCAGGCGGGCCUUCUUGGGCAGGAGGACCUUGCGGGUGCUUCAGGAUUUCAGUCUACUGUGGCAUAGCGUGUUACCAAUGUGUUACCAAUGUUUUGCUUGCUAACUGUGUUCCCAACUGUCUUGAAAUCAUUAACAGGCUUCUUCCGUGUAGUUCUGGGCUGAUCUUUAACAUUUCUCAUGAUCAUCUUUACCCCAUUGGGGAAAUAUUGCAGGGAGCUCCAGAACAAGGGCAUUUGAUAGUUAUUUUGUAUAUCUUCUAUUUCCAAAUAAUCACACCAACAGUUGUCUCCUUCUCACCAAGCUUCUGUCUGUAGCCUAUUCAAGGUUUGUGCAGGUCUCCAAUCUUGUCGCUGACAUCCUUUAAAACCUAUUUGGUCUGGACCAUGGUGUUGGAGAGGUUGAACUGGAAGAUACUGAUUUUUUUCCCCUGAUUUUUUUUAAUAUUCUGUGUCUAUCAGUUAAAAUAAACCCACCAUAAAAAUUA